AAUAUUAUCGAUAUGCCCGCGAAAUCGAUAGUUCUUAACAAUCAGCUGACAAUUAAAUACCUUUGUUGCAAAAAUUAUGUGUUUGGUUAACUUAAUUAAAGCGCUGUAUAAACCACCAUGGCGCGCACAACCAACUUUUCGGACCUCACUUUUAACUGCCUACUGUUGAUAUUCAAGUUACUGGACAAUCUAGAGGAUCAGGUUAACCUGGCCCUCUGCUGUCGGCGUUUUCGUGAAGCAUUCGCCUAUUUGCAUCGCAAACGAUUCGAGGCCAUCGUUGACAGCGAUAUCAAGUUGCGGAACAUGGACAACUGGCGUGCCUUUCUCUGGUUGUGCGGUGGCAAUGUGAAGAGCUUACGUUGCUACCACGACGACGACCAUCCGCUGCAGAUACUUCCACUCGUGGCUAGAUACUGUGUCCGCUUGGAGAGCAUCACACUGCGCAAUGCGACGAUCUCCAAGGCGCAGCCGUAUUUACUGCAGCUGCGAACACUGCGCAAGGUUUACGUGAGGAAUUACAAGAGCACGAGCAUAGAUCUGAUUAAGGCCAUGAAGUUGCGCUUGCCACACAUACAAAAUCUAGGCCUGGAAAACUUUGAACGGCGGGAAUUGCAAGAGUUGCGUCACUUUACUAACUUGGAGGAGCUGCAAAUGUACGAUGAAGUGACGGCCGCCGACUUCCAAGCCAUAACCAAAUCCCUGCGGAACUUGCGGAUACUUCAACUGCGCAAUGCAAACAAAUUUCUGACCACACAAACGUUGAAGCAGUUAGCUUCUAAUUGUCCACAGCUGACAAAGCUCUGCUUUCAGGACAGCGAUGCUGAACUCACCGCCCUAGCGCUAUUUCCACAACUCAAUUAUCUACAACUUCACUGCCCGGAUAGUCAGAAGAAGCGACUCUUUAAAACAAUGAGCAGACAGAGUGGAAUGCCUUUGGAGUAUUUAAUAUUGCAUCGGAAGCGCUGGAUCGAUGAGGAUCAGGCGCAGCGGAUUGGUGCCAUCAAGCCACUGAAGUGGCUUGUUUGCAAGCCACGAAACGAUCGUUGCGUUUAUCAUUUGGCAAAUCUCACCCAACUCGAAUGCCUGUCGGUGCAAUGUGCUCGCGAUAUUGGUGAAGCGGAGCUACUGCAUCUGAUCCGCAACAAUGAUCAUCUGCGGUAUCUAAACAUCUGCUACUGCCUGGGUAUAACAGAUGCAUUCAUCGUGGACACAAUCGCCAUCCUAGCCAAGCGUCCCAAUCAGCAGCCGCUGGUGCUCUAUGCGGCUGCCACUGAUAUUAGGCACGAUAUCAUGGAAAGAUUACCAGCUGAUUUUGCAUCUAAGUUGCUAGUGCUGUACUUUGAGUGCAGUCAAGGCAUGAAAUCCGGUGAUCAUUAUUAUAAUGACGAACCGGAAUUCGAUCGGUAAGCAAUUGGAUUCGUGGAGUCACCCAAAUCAAUUUUACACAUCAUCAUGCAAAUUGCAUAUGGGAAUAAUAAUACGUAGUCCGUAAACCAAAUAAUAUAUUGUAGAUUUUUAUAAAUGUAUGUAUAUUUUACAUACAUAUUUUCACACAUAUUGUUAUUAUAUUACACUUUAAGUGCUAGCUUUUUAUUCUAAAUCAAAGGCUUAUUUUUCAAAAAUAAUUGAAUACUUUUUAUAAUUGUCUUAAAAUAAAUAUUUACUUAUUAGCGUUCAUUGAAGGACGCUAAUUUGUAAUACUUUGCAUUC